AGAACUUCCCCAAUUAAGGUUUUAUCCAGCUUCUCUCGAUCUCCUCCAAGAACCCUAACAUCAAUCAUCUUUCCAUCUCACGAAUUCCACAGGAAGAAAAAUGAGUUUUGUUGAAGAUUCAGAUCUCCAAAUAUGGAACAAUGCCGCCUUCGACAGCGGGGAUUUUGAAGACUCUUCUGGUAUCAAAGCGCCUUGGACUCCUCUCAAGAACAUAUUCACUAAUGUCUCUGAAUCGAUCGAUUCUGAUCAGGGAAAAGAGAAUAUCAUCCCUGUGAUUGUGAAGCAAUCUGCUGUUUCUGUUAAAUCUUCGGUACCCAUGAAUCCCCUUCAGGCCAAGAGCGCAACUGUGAAGUCCCAGGGGAAGUCGGUGAAGGUUCUUGAAGAGGAAGAAGUGAGAGAUGAGGGAAAGAUCGAUGCGGAGAUUGAGGAGAUUAGGUUAGAGAUUAGCAGAUUGUCGUCGAGGCUCGAUGAGCUUUGUCUCGAAAAAGUGAAAAGGAGUGCGAAAAUCGUGGAGAAGCGUGGGAGAAUUGUGGCCGCCAAGUUCAUGGAGCAGAAACAGAGUGUGAAGGGGGGUGACGGAGUGAAGACUGAAGAAUCUUCCAGUGUAAGAACAAAGGUUCAUCGAAGAGGAGUUAGUCUGGGUCCAUCGGAGAUUGUCGCCGGAGUUCGCAGAGGUAUGAGUCUUGGCCCGUCGGAGAUUGCCGCCGGAGGCAGGCUCCGGCACCUGGGUAAGCCUGAAGUGACCCCUAUCUCGACCCAGAGUCGCAGGAAAUCUUGCUUUUGGAAGCUUGAAGAUAUCGAUGAAGGGAAGGUGACAAAAGAAAGGGGAAAGAGCAUGACUGUGAGUCCAAAAAAUCGGAAAAUCAUUUCCAAGACUCAGGCUUCCAAACAAGCCGCGACCACCAUAGCAUCCAAAAGGCCUGUGAAGAAAGAACUGGGGUUUGUCUCAUCAAUUCAGCCAAAAAAGCUUUUCACGGACGGAGAGAAGUCAGCAAAGAAGCCAUUAAAGAACGGCAGAGUCGUGGCAAGCCGGUACAGUCUGAUAGGGAACCAGUCUACUGGGGGAUGCUCCUCCUCAUUGAGGAAGAGAUCUUUACCAGAAAAUGAAGACAACGGUAAGAGAUGUGACAAGAGGCGCAACUCAUCGCUGGAAAAACCUGGUGGAAUUUUCCAGGAAAAUGGAGAGAAUUUGGAUAAGGGGAGAGUGAAAAAGAAGUGGGAGAUUCCAAGUGAGGUGGUGGUGGUUCACAAGAGCCUGGAGAAUGACGAGUCUCCACCAUCUCCACGAUCAAUCACAAAGAUGCCCGAUAUACUUCCAAUGAUCAGGACUGACCGGUGUAUUAACGAGAGUCCCCGAAAUUCAGGACCUGCAAAGAGGGUGGCUGAGUUGAUUGGAAGAAAAUCAUACUUCUGCGCAGAUGAAGAUGGAGAGGAUCAUUCGGUUUCCCUGAGUUUGGAUUUUGCAGAAGCCUGUAUUGAAGAAAAAAUAAGCUGCAAAUAAGAGGUUUUUCCACCAUUUUCUUUUCUGCAAUCAUUUGCAAUUAAUGUUGUGAGCUAUAGCUUUGGUAAUGUGGGGUAAAGCAUUCUUUUGCUUCCUCUGAAUGGGUUGUUUAAGCUUUCUUUGUUAUGUGAUAAUGGAAUAGAGCUUUUGGAACA